UUUAUUAGCAAUGAUUACUAUUGAAGACUUGAGCGAGACCCAACUAGAAGAGUUCAAGGAGGCAUUUUCCCUUUUUGAUAAAGAUGGAGAUGGCACUGUGGACACAAAUGAGCUUGGACAAGUCAUGCGUACACUUGGGCAAAACCCCACUGAAGCAGAACUAAACGAAAUGAUCCAAGAAGUUGAUGUAGAUGGUAACGGAGAGAUUGACUUUGAAGAAUUUGUUGGACUAAUGGCUAAGAAGCUUAAUGAGGAAGACACGCAAGAAGAGUUUGUUGAGGUCUUCGAAAUUUUUGAUAAAGAUGGUGAUGACAGGAUCAACCAGAAAGAUCUCUUCGCUACUCUCAAAGAGAUGGGAGAGACAGUUACUGAGGCUGAUGUUAGAGAUAUGAUUGAAGAACAUGGUGAAGGCAAUAAUUUCUUGACCUUUGAAGGUUUUAUCAAAAUGAUGAUGGCUAAGUAAGAAGUUUAUAAGUAAUUUUCGC